AAACCUUCGGGUAGAACAAUAUAUGUUGGAGGUUCUAAAAGAACUCAAAGACGCAAAAAAGUGGAACUAAAGAAGGCUGCACAAAAUACUCGACCUAUCACUGCAUACUUACACUCUGCCUUAACAUCUUCUAACGUUGCCUCGGCUUCGACUUCUACUUUUGAAUUGUCAACAGAAUUAUGUACGCCAACUGAAGUAGAAUCAAUAGGAAGUGAAUCAAUGGAGGUGGAAUCAAUUGAGGUGGAAUGGAUAGAAUCAAUGGAGGUGGAAUUAGUGGAAUCAAUGGAGGCGGAAUUGGUGGAAUCAAUGGAGACAGAAUUGGUGAAAUCAAUAGAGACGGAAUUAGUGGAAUCAUUGGAGGCGGAAUUGGUGGAAUCAUUAGAGGUAAAAUUGGUGGAACCAACAGCAGAUGCAUUAGCUGAAAUUGAUGAGAAAACAACAAUGAGGUUAGCAAUUGAGGAGCUAGAUGGAUUAUUAAAAAAAAAUGACAAUCAAAUAGAUAAAGGUGUAAGGGAAGAUUAUAAAGUACGAUGUAUUUGUGCAUGGGCACAAAAUUGGUUAAAGUGGCGAAAACUUCCUAAAGAUAAUC